AAAUCUUCAAAUCAAACCCUUAUCGAAGAAAGGCGUUCCUUGCGAACGUCACCGCGCAAUGGUGGGGCUAAGAAAUGCUAUACUUAUAUUCGUGAACGCGCGCGCAUCGGCCACACGUUACUCGCUUCCCGCGCGAAACAGAUCUUUAAAAAAAAUAUGUGUAAUAUGUGCACUCGUGACGUCGCCGCGGACAGUGCGCCGCUGCCGCCGCCGCCGAAGAAGACCAACAGCUUGGAACGCAUGAAGAGGAAGCAUGGAAUAGUCACAGACCCUGAGAAUGAGGAGAAGCAGAGGGAGGUGGCCUACCAGCCGGACCUGCUGGCCGUGUCCACGCAGUACUCCAAAGUGGCUUACGACAUCUUCAAAUCCACGCUGGUCCGCGUGCAAGAAACUAAGGCUUAUGUUGUUCUGACGCGAACAUCACAACCAUUCCACGUGGCGCUGGCGGUGCUGGUGAUCCUGGCCUGGCUGGCGCGCCCCGGGGGCACGGGUAACCUGCGCGGCUGGCGCGCGCUCUACGUCGGCGCCGUGGCCACGCACCUCGGCUCGCAAGUGUGGAUGACGCUCGUCUCCGGCAUCGUGCUAUACUUCAAUCUCCCCCGGCACGAGUUCGGACGCGUCCAGACGGUGCUGUUCCCCGUGUACUACGCGUUCAACGCCUGCGUGAGCCUGGUCGCGUUGUUCGCGUACCUCCGGACGCAGACCAUCACUCGGUUCGAGCACGCUAGCUGGAUACAGUUUGCGCUGCUAACCGCGGUGUUCCUGAUAGAGGCCUACGUGCGUCUUCGCCUGGUGAGCCCCAUGCUGCGCGCCAAACACAUUAAGACUCAGAUGGAGGAGACUGCAGGUGGCGGACAAGAAGUCGGCCGCCUGAUCCUGGGCGAGCUGGCGCACUGUCCCCGCUACCUGCGCGUGCUGAAGGCCUUCCGCGCCUACCACUCCACCAUCGCCGUCGGCACCAUGCUGACGCUCGGCUGCUCGUUGUAUUCCACCAUGGUGAUCGUAGACGCCAUGUGCCGCUAGUCCUGGCCUCUGUGAUGUCACAGUCACAGUGACCCCACGGAUAGCAGUCUAGAUAACCUGCUAGAUUUAAGUACGCGCCAACACUAUGUCGAAAGACGCGCAGUUUUAAAAAGCUGACAAGGUGUAUGAAAGAUCUGGUCACAAAAUCAAUGGUAACAAUAUUUAAAUAAAGUAUUAGGUAUGUAUAUAAAGUGUUGCUGCAUAAUUUUAUCUAGCAGGUUCAAUAUAGUCAGAUUGUAGAAAAAAUGUACCUAAUUCAAGUAGUUUUGAUCGGAUUUUCGAAAGUAAAAUUUAUUCAAAUCUACCUCAAAAACCACAAAUGAUAAUAUAAAGCUA